AUUGGGUCAAAAUUCAAAUAUCUUUGAUUCUCGUUAUCAGUUCGAGUGCAAGACUCCUCUCUCGUCACGCAUCAAUGGCGGCUAUGAACCUCUCAUCACCAACUCACACCACCUCAUCCUCUUCUCUCCGGUUACUCUCUUCAUCUCGCAUUUGCACCCCCUCUAAAACUCUUUGUUUUCACUCUACUCACGUGAAAGACCUUUCCUUCUUCUCAUUCACAUCGUCAAUUUCUCUCAAAUCCAAGCUCACAACCAACAACCGUGCUCGCCAUCUGACUCUCGUCGUUUCUGCUCUUGGGAAGCUAUCGGAGACGGAAUUGGUCUCCGUUCCUUCUGAAUCCGAUGCUCUUUCAGCUGUAUUCCCUUCAGCUUCCGGCGUUUACGCCGUCUACGACAAGAACGGUGAUAUGCAGUUUGUGGGGUUGUCUCGAAACAUUCAGGCGAGCAUUCUUUAUCACCAGAAAUCAGUACCGGAACUUUGUGCUUCCAUCAAGGUUGGAGUGGUGGAUAAUCCUGAUAGAACAGCAUUAACGCAAGCUUGGAAAUCAUGGAUGGAAGAACACAUAGAAGUUUCCGGAAAAGUCCCACCUGGCAACGAGUCUGGAAACACCACAUGGGUCCGUCAAGCACCCAAGAAAAAAUCCGAUCUACGGAUAAUGCCAGGCCGAAACGUCCAACUAACCGUUCCUUUAGAGGAACUAAUUGACCGAAUGGUCAAAGAAAAUAAGGUGGUGGCUUUCAUCAAGGGAUCAAGAAGUGCUCCACAAUGUGGGUUCUCACAAAGGGUGGUCGGGAUUUUGGACUCAGAAGGCGUGGAUUAUGAGAGCGUGGAUGUGUUGGAUGAAGAACAUAAUGGUGGAUUAAGGGAGACAUUGAAGAGUUACAGCAAGUGGCCUACUUUUCCACAGGUGUUUGUUAAUGGUGAAUUGGUAGGAGGGUGUGAUAUAUUGUCUUCCAUGCAUGAAACUGUAAAUGGUCCCAUGGCUCAGGGUUUGGCUCGUUUUAUCCCUACAAACAAAAAACGACUGAGGUAUGAGUUUUUCGUUUGGGUUUGGUUCCUCUCAUUAACGACUGUUAAACCCUCUUUACAUAAACAAGGGCAAUAUAGUCAUUUUACCUCUAAGUAUCAUGUCGGAAUGCCGUAGAUUAUUGUUUACUAUUAUUGUUAAUGC